ACGAACCCACAGUUAUUGUUAUCACAGAGAGUCCCCUCAAAAUCGAAGCACGCUCUGACGCCGUGUUAGAGUGCGGCACAGAUGCUGUACCACCAUUUCCCGAUAACGAGUCUUGGGAAUGGUUUCUACAGAUUGGGUCAAAUUACAUACAAAUAGAUUCAUCUGAUAAAUAUGACAUUGAUGCAGUGGAAGGUGAUGAACAGAAAACAACGUUGACUGUAUUUGAUGCACAGUGUGUUCAUAAUUAUCGCUGUCAACUUGGAGAAUCAUACGCGGAUAUUGAAGUCCAGGCAACAGGAUCAGAAACUGACCAAUAUCCUUGUAUCAUAUGUGUCAGCGUGGCGGCAUUACUUACAGUUCUUCUUUGUUGCUCAGUGACUGGCAAUAUUGUCGCAUUUAUUAUACAUAGACGUUUUAAGCGAAGUUUUGCUCUUGAACAGUCUAUGUCGGAUUCAGGUGAUAAUUAUACAACACUUUCUGCAAUGACUAACGAUGCAGUACAUGUAUAUAAAAUACCUACAUUGAAAACAGAUGAGAGCGUUGAAGACAGUAAUUAUACUUCCCUUUCACCAGAAACAAGAAACACACAAUCUACAUAUGAGGUAAUAAACACGACAAAGUUGACAAAUAUCCAAACAGUUAUUGAUUUGAGCUACUUCCCGUCAAAUGAAUGGUGUGAUUUGUGGCUGAUCAGUCUUACGUCUCUAUACGAACCCAAAGUUAACGCUAUCACAGAGAGUCCCCUCAAAAUCGUAGCAGGGUCUGACGCCGUGUUAGAAUGUGGCACAGAUGCUGUACCACCAUCUCCCGAUAACGAGAUUUGGGAUCGGUUUCUACAAGAUAGGUCAAAUUACACACAAUUAGAUCCUUUUUAUGAAGGCUAUGAUAUUGAACCAGUGGAAGGUGUUGAACAGACCACGACGUUAACUGUAUUUGAUGCACAAGGUGUUAAAACUUAUCGCUGUCAAUUUGGAGAAUCAUACGCGGAUAUCGAAGUCCAGGCAGCGGGAUCAGGGCCAGCAACUGAUCAGAAUUCCUGCACCGUGAGUGUCGGUAUGGCGGCAUUAUUUACAGUUCUACUUUGUUGCUCAGUGACUGGCAAUAUCAUCGCAUUUUUUAUACGUCUUAAACGAAGUUUCUCUAAACAGUUAAAGUCUAUAUCGGAUUCAGGUGAUAAUUAUACAACACUUUCUACAAUGACUAAAUAUGCAGUGCAUGUAUAUGAAAGACCUACAUUAAAAGCAGAUGAGAACGCUGAAGACAGUAAUUAUACCUCCCUUUCACCGGAAACAAGAAACACAAAAUCUACAUAUGAGAUCACAGACUCGUAUAAUUUAGUAUUAACUGAUGUAAAACUGGCGGAUGAAGGUGAAUACAGGUGUAUGGUGUUGAAUCUAGAUCCACAAUCCAAAUCAGCGAACUUGGGUGUGUGGGUCCCUGCGAAAGAAGUGUUGAUAAGUGGUGAGCAAGGCGACUGUAAAACAGAAUUUCCUGCACCUGGUCAAAUCAUGUCAUUUAGUUGGAUGUGCACUGUCGUUAACGUAGUACCCUCGGCUACUUUAACCUGGAAUUAUAUAAUCACAUCAGCUACGAGGUCACCGAUACAGGGGGAUAUACCAUAUGACGAUAUACACAUUCCGGAUACUUACUCGGAUGUACAAUUGGGGGCUGUGACAACAACGCAAGAAAAUGGAGGUUAUUACACCACGAAUAGUCUUAUCACAUUUGUGUAUACAAGUGGGCAAGAGAAUAUGACAUUGGCUAUACAAUGUAAAUCAACACAAGAUGGUCUAGUUGACACAUUCGAGACGACCACUCAACCAAUCAAAGUUUGUUUUUUUGGUCAUGAACCACUGGUUAAAGCUAUCACUGACUCAAGUCUCCGUAUAAUCGAAGCAGGGUCUGACGCCGUGUUAGAGUGCGGCACAGAUGCUAUACCACCAUUUCCCGAUAACGAGAGUUGGAAAUGGUUUCUACAGGAUGGUUCAAAUUACACACAAUUAGAUCUUUCUUAUGAAGGCUAUGAUAUUGAUCCAGUGGAAGGUGAUGAACAGACAACAACGUUAACUGUAUUUGAUGCACAAGGUGUCAAUACUUAUCGCUGUCAACUUGGAGAAUCAUACGCCAAUAUUGAAGUCCAGGCAACGGGAUCAGCAACUGAUCAGAAUUCCUGCAACGUGAGUGUCGGUAUGGCGGUAUUACUUACAGUUCUUCUUUGUUGCUCAGUGACAGCGAAUGUCUUCACCAUUGUUAUAAAAAGACGUCUUAAGCGAAGCACAGAACAGUCUAUGUCGAACUCACGUGAUAAUUAUACAACACUUUAUACAAUGACUAAAGAUGCAGUACAUGUAUAUAUACAACCUACAUUAAAGGCAGAUGAGAACGUUGAAGACAGUAAUUUUACUUCCCUUUCACCAGAAACAAGAAACACACAAUCUACAUAUGAGAUAAUAAACACGACAAAGAACAUCUGAACGAGAUGAAGACUUAUUGCUGUACUAAUGUUGACGUUCACGGAACAUAUUUAUAUUCAAUUUCGUGGUAGCUUCAGAAAAUAAACCAUUCACGUUGUCAUAUUUCUCACAGCUCAAUAUAAUGCUGACGUCAUUCUGAGAUAUGGCCAAUUAUUAACAAAGCUUAGUAAAUACAAUAGUUUUAAGUAAGUUGACUAGUUAG